AUGGCAGAAGACUGGCAGUCUUCGACGUUUGGACAGAGGCCGCAGGAAUAUCGGAACGUCCAAAUGAACGUUCGGAGAUCGUUUCUGCCUCCACCUCCGAAUGUUGUGAAUUUUCCACAAGAAGGUGGAGCUCCUGUUUUUCAGAGAUUUGGACCUCAAAUUCCCGCACCUCAUCAAAAUCAGUUGCCUCAAGUAAUGAAUCCUAUGGGUCAUGUUUACGACAACAACCAGCAAAGGAUGUACUAUGCCAAUUACAAUGCUCAAGUUCAAAAUAACCCAAACAUGACAGCAGCAUACAUGAAUCCUAUGUAUCGAUCCAUGAACAUGCAGCAACAAGCACCGACGCCAGGAGUCGGUAAUGUUAGUGGAAAUGGAUCUACUGGUGCAAUGAACCCCAGUUCGGCACCAAUGAAUUCUUCCGCCAAUAACGGCUCGGUUCCCCCGAAUGUUCAGCAGGCUCCACAGCUUCCUGUCAACACAGAACAUCGUCCGUUGAACGUGUCGGAUGCACUGUCGUACUUGGAUCUUGUGAAAAUGCAAUUCAAUCAUGAACCCGAGAUUUACAACGAGUUUCUCGACAUCAUGAAGGAAUUUAAGUCCCAAGCAAUUGAGACUCCGGAAGUUAUUGCGCGAGUUUCACGACUGUUCUGUGGAUAUCCUAAUUUGAUCCAGGGUUUCAAUACGUUUUUGCCUCCUGGUUACAGAAUUGAAGUUAAUUCUGCUGAUCCCAACUCCAAUAAACCAGAAAUGAUUAGCAUUGCGACCCCACAAGGAAUUAUCACUCAGUCAGCACCAUCAAAAAAUGCGCGCACUAGUAUGAGCCCAGGUUCGCUCUACUCUGGCAAUGGGCCUGCUCCCCCCAAUGCUCCUGUUGCUGCCGUGGAUCCCAACGCGGCUGCAUAUCCUUCACUUCCCAAAACUUCCAUGCCUCCUCACCAACCUUACUACCCUCCUAAUGCCGCUUCUAAUGCCUACGCAGCAGCUUAUCAUCCUCCCAAACCCUCCGUGAACGCUAGUGCAAAACAAGCGGCAGACUUGGAUCAUGCCAUCAAUUUUGUGAAUAAUGUAAAGAACAGGUUUGCACAUCAGCCUGAAGUUUACAACAAAUUCCUUGAAAUCCUUCAAUCUUACCAAAACGGUAGCCGGCCUAUUCGGAGUGUUCUUCAGGAAAUUACUUCGUUGUUUGCAAAUUCGCCCGAUUUGCUCGAAGACUUCAAGCGUUUCUUGCCGGAUGUCUCUGCUACGGAGGCAGCAUCUCCUGCACCGCCGCCCAUGACUGACCGGAUGGCCGCCCCAAUGGAGACCGCUCCCCGAGAGGCCACCCCGGUUUCGACGACAACCAGCAGUGCUCUGCCUCCUGUAGGCAAGUUCACCCCGCUUUCAACUACUAAGCAACCGGCUUCCGAAAAACGUCGUGCUGAGACAUCUGUACACACUCGGAGUCAAACCAAACGAACAAGGAGCGCGGCGGCUAACGAUGCCAAUGUCUUUAAAGCUUUCAGUGUUCCAGUUUCUGAGAACAAAAACCCUGAAGAGCUUGCUUUUUUAGAACAGGCGAGACAGGAGAUUGUGGAUGAGGUCCGGUACAACGAAUUUUUGAAACUCUUAGACUUGUACUCUCAAGAGGUGUUCGAUAGAAACGCGCUUGUUGAGCGUUCAGAACCCUUCCUUGGAAAAAAUGAAGCUUUGUUUAAUACGUUCAAGCAAAUGCUGCGUUGGGACCCGGAGAACUGCAUUCCCGUGCCUCGCCCCCGUGUGGAUUUAACAAAAUGCAAGGCUAACGGACCGAGUUAUCGUUUGCUACCUAAAAUCGAGCUUCUCCUGCCAUGCAAAGGACGCGACGAUUUGUGUUGGAGCGUGUUAAAUGACGCCUGGGUCAGUCACCCUACCCUUGCUUCCGAAGAUUCGGGUUUCAUUGCUCAUCGUAAGAACCAAUACGAGGAAGCACUCCACAAGCUUGAAGAAGAGCGGUAUGAGUACGACCGUCAUAUCCUCGCCAAUCUUCGAACUAUUGAACUACUUGAGUCACAUAACCUUACAAUGCAAAAAAUGGCUAAAAGCGAGCGGAGCAAAUGGAAACUGCCCGACAACCUUGGUGGUCCAUCACCUAGUAUAUACAGAAAGAGUAUUCGAAAGGUGUAUGGAAAGGAAAAGGGCGAUGAAGUUAUUAAACAUCUGCAAGAGGAACCUGCGAUUACUAUUGGUGUUGUUCUUCAGCGCCUGAAAGCCAAGGAUGAGGAAUGGCGCGCAACUCAACGCAAGUGGAACAAGGUCUGGAAUGGCAUAGAGGCCAAGAACUUUCUGCGUAGCCUUGACCACCAAGGUAUAUUCUUCAAAACAACUGAUAAAAGAAACACUACGACGAAGUUCCUUAUUGCCGAUCUUCGAAACAUCGCUCAUCAACAAAAAGAAGAACAGGAAGACCCGAGCCCUCUCGCUCAACCCUAUCACUAUGAUAUGCCUUUCAAUGACCUUCUUGUUAUUGUUGAUGCCGCAAGAUUGUUGGGCAUCUAUUUGGAGAGUGGAUCCAAUCACUCUGCUGAAGACAGAGAAAAAAUGUCGAACUUCUUACGUUCGUUUUUAUCUUUAUUUUUUGAUAUUCCCUAUGCUUCUUUAGUCGCUGUCUUGCCUGCCACAUUUUCGGACGAAGCGUCAGAUAGCUCUGUCUCCACUCCUGCUUCACCUUCACCAUUGAACCCUGCGUCUGCAGAAUCUUCACGUCCUUCUUCCCCAAAACAGAGACAUCAAUUAAAUCCCACAUUGUUGAAAGAUGUUCUCAAACGGUCGUAUCGUUCGCGUGAAACCAGAUCCUCACGCCAGAACUAUGCUCGUGAAAAACAAUCUGAUGCAGAAGACGUGAACUCUGAAAUGGAGGAUGAUCUCGAUAACUACGCCUCGGGCAUGUUUAAAUCCAGUGAAACUUGGGUAAACUGCAAGUUUAAUGGAAACGAGAACGAACUGGAUGACGGUUCAAAAAUUAGGGACCGGGACGAAUAUAACUUUUUUGGCAAUCUUGCAAUAUACUGUUUCUUCCGCCUCUUCCAUACCCUUUACUCCCGGUUGGAACACAUCAAACGAUUGGAAGAGUUGGCCUCUAAAAAGCUUCACGAUGUAAAGCCUAAUCCUAUUGCUGUUGAGUUAGGUCUUGUGCACGACCCAUUCGAACGCUUGGGAUUUGCUAUUCCGGAAGCGGAUACCGUGUAUGAACGUGCGUUGCUUUUGUGUGAACGCAUCAUUGAGAGUGACAUUGAUCAAAUGGGAUUUGAGGAUGCUUUGCGCUGUCUCUAUGGUAUUAAGGCAUUCCAACUGUACACCGUUGAGAAACUGGUCUCUUCCGUCGUUAAACAGCUGCACUCAAUCACUUCUAAUCGUCGCUUGGCCCAAGUCUUUAUUCACUUUGAGCGCGAUAGAUUACAGAAGCAAACAAGCGUUCGUCAACAAAUUAUCUACCGUAAACAGGCUGAGGCGGUCCUCGGCCAAGAUGAAACCGUGUGCCUAAUACAUUGGAACGCGAAAUCCAAAUCUUCGGCGGCACACUUGCUCGGACGGGAGGACUUGACGGCAAUUUCUUUUGCAUCAGAACAGCAACGCUGGAACUAUUAUGUGGAUAGUUUCAUUAUGUCAUGUCCUACAGAAGGCAUCUCCGUCGAUCAAAUUCAUGUUCCAUUCCUCCGUCGGAAUUUGCCUUCUGAGAGCGAGGAAGAUGAACAGAUUGUUACAAAAUGCGCUCAUGCUGUUUUGCCAGAAUUUCUAUCAUCCGAGCUGACGCUACGGAUCACACCUAACCAGUACAAACUCGUGUAUCUUGCCAAUACAGAGGAUGUGUUCGCGCGUGUCUCAGAGAAGGUGUUUCCGACAGAUUAUGAGUUGAUUAAAAAGAGUCGCCAAGACGCCUGGCGCGAAUGGCUUAACAGUGAUGCUGGCUGGAAACAGAGUCUGUCUGCAGCAAAAAUCGAGUCACUAAAGGAUUUGACUGUAAGCAGCAUUUUCUCAAACGCUUCAAUGGGAGCAACAAAGAUUGAAGAAAAGAAGGAGGACUUGGAUCAAGCUUCUAGUGAUAUGGAUGAAGAUGAACCUAUAGAAGACACCGCUAGCACGGAAGCCGUUUCAGAGGAAGAGGAGACGAAGCCGGAUACGACGAAUGAGACACCGCAGCCUUCGACGAAGACGGAGCGAGUCGCUGCGGCUGUAGUCGCUGAGUCUGAAGAGCAAAACAAAUCCGGGUCUGUUGACAAACAAGCUGUUGGUGACAAUGGCGACGAUACAGCUAAUGACCCGGAAACCGAGACAGACGUUGAGAUUAAGGAGGAAUUGGACGCGGCAGCCAAUGAGCAUGUGGAAGCUCCCUUGGCUGAACCGGUUGUGGAAGACAUGGAUGCAGACACGAGUGUGAAGCAAGACAAAUCUGAGGAGUCCAAUGCUUCUGCAGCCGAGCGUGAUACCACUCAUUCUGAGGUUCCUGUCACCACCGAGGAGGAGAAACCGGAGCCAGAAAGAAUGGAAACGGAAGUGAAUGCUCAGCCGGAAGAGCAAAUGGAAGAUGCGACCAUCACUAGUACGGAACCUCCGGCGGAUAUACCUGCUGCCAGUGAGGCCGUUGCAAGCUCCGUUGCGGCGUCUUCAAUGGCAGCAACUGCAACAAGUCAAGAGCAAACUUUGGAGAACACGAAUGCGACAGCAGCCGAUGUAACACCAGUGACUAAGGACGCAUCUGUCGAAACUGAGACUUCAACCGUCGAUGAACAGAACGGCGACACGACUGAAGCCGAUGUUUCCAUGGAUCAAGCGGACCUGAUGUCAAAUGCCUAA